ACCAGCCUCUGCCUCAAGCAAACUUCACCCUCCCUCAGUCUGUCAGGUACAUUGCAGGAGCACACAGUCCACAACCGACCAGCAACCAUGAGGAUCCUCUACCUGCUCUUCGCUGUUGUUCUCCUCCUCUUCCAGGCUGCUCCAGGCUCUGCAGAUCCUCUUUUUGCUGACACCAUGGAGUGCAAGAGCCAGGGGAACUUCUGCCGUGCUGGGGCAUGCCCACCCACCUUCACUGCCUCAGGGUCCUGCCACGGGGGGGUCCUGAAAUGCUGUUCAAAGUAA